UGUAUGUAUGUAUGUACCUUGUGUAAAACUAAUCAAAAAUUGGAACCGCAUAGCUAUGGCAAGUGAGGAUCUAUUUGGACAUGAAUACUCUGAAGAUCCUGAUUCAGAGUUACAAAUAAAUAAAGUGGUUGGCAGCAGAGGACAAGCACAAAUUGAAGAAAUCGCUGAAGAGGAAGAGGAGCACGUUCAAAACGGCAAAACAGAAGCAACAAAGGAAAUAUCAACGGACAGUGUGAAGGGUACAACAGAACCCGAGACUAAACUUUGUAAAUUGCCGAUGUCACGUAUUAGGAACCUUAUGAAAUUGGAUCCUGAUUUGCAAGUUGCUUCGCAUGAAGCUGUAUUCGCUGUGGCGAGGUCUGUAGAGCUUUUCAUAGAAUCUUUGGCGCGAGAGUCGUACACAUAUACAGCUCAGGCGAAAAAAAAAACGGUACAGAAAAGAGAUGUGGAAUUGGCCAUUGCAGCAGUGGACUGUCUGAUGUUCUUGGAUGGCGCCAUAAAUUUUUGAUGCUAAAUAUAUUUAAUGUUACAUA